GCCUUUGAAAGGUACCAGAAACAGAUAUCGAAAGUAAUUUGACAGCAAAGCCUUCGGCGCGCUCAGAUUCGCCUUAACAUUAGUGAAGGUGUUAAUCAGUUACCCUUGAUAAUUUCCCAAGGUAAGCCAUACAAUAUUGUGGCGUGUUUAAGGCUAUUUUUUAUAUUCAAGCUUAGGAACAAUAUAAGACUUCCGAAUAUCGAAGAUGAUUCGCCUGACAGACUUCGGAUUGAUGAAAGAUGGCAUAGAAAUAUAUGUUAUUUGCCGGUUGGGAGGUCCGUAUGGUGAAAAACUGUGACCGAGGUCUUGAGGUCUCACUUGUAGCUUAUUAUAUAAGUUGGUCAGGCAAUGAAAGGAUGUGGUAGCUGGGUGAUACAUUCACAUCUCAGUCCAGGGCUUCAAGCUGCUACCAAUAUGGGCCCAGUUGUUCAAAGGCCGGUUAGUGCUAGCCCAAGGUUAAAUUUUAAUGCAGGUUUCUAUAUUUCUUUUUUCCAAAGCCUUUUAGAUAAAAUUUUCUCUGUUCUUUUUGGAACAUCCAAUGAUCAACUUGCAAUCAAAAAGAUUUGAACUGAAUUUUCUUUAAAAGCUUUCAGACCUGAAAUCAAAUUCCAUGCUAACCCUGGGUUAUCUUAACCCAGAUUUGAACAACCUGGGCAUGGUCUUCAGCCUGAGAAGAAAACAAUAGUUUUAUUCAGAAUUUAAUGCUAAUUUUCUUGGUAUUUUCUCAGGGUGACUUUUUUGUUUCUCUGUAGGUUUCAGGCUCAAUAAAGUUGUUUGGUUACUCUUGAUUUAACAUGGAACCUAACACACCCAAUGACAAUGGUAUGGUUUAGUUAUGCUAGUAAAAGUAUACUUACUUUUUUUAUAUAUGGACUAUUUUUGUCUGUAGUUCAAUCUGUGUAUCUUUUGAGUGUUUUUUGCUUAGUCUGCAGCAUGAAGAGGGUACAGUUAUUACAUGGUUGUCUAUUUAGAUGAAUGUGGAUUUCAAGUUCUCAGGCUAACAUUAUGAUAAUGACUUCCAAAAUAAAUGGUUCUUCUACAUGUAGAGGUACAUGUCAUUCACUGGAUACAAUUCAUUCCAGAUUCUCCACACAAUUUGUAUUCCUUGGUGAGAAUAGAUAAAGGGAAGGUGUCUUGAGCAAGAAAACUUUAUGUCAUCAGCCAUACCUUAAACAGAGAACCUGAAAAAUUUUCUUGCCCUCUCAGCAUGGCAUUUUCUUUGUGACUAAAUAUUAAUUUGAUAUGGUUUAUUCUCAGGUUUGGCACCACCUCCCUAUGCACCACCCCCGUACUCAGGAGAUGCAUCAGCUCAACCCCAGUACCCUCCCCCUGGCCAGGGGUAUGGUUGGCAACAGCCACCACCACCCACAGCAUACCCAGGCCCUCCACAGCCGUAUGCAGGUGUCCCACCUGAAAAAACAGGACACCAAACACAGCCCCCUUGCUACCAUGCACAGUUUCCACCUGGACAGCCUGGUUAUACUGUGCAGCCUGGUUACUACCCAAGUUAUCAACAAGGUUAUGUUCCUCCUAUAACAACUCAACAAACAAACUCUGUCACUGUUGUGGUAAGUCAGGAUUAUUGUCUGAAUAAACUUUCUUCCUGCAAUUGUGUGCUGUCUGAAAAAUGAUCAAAAACACGGUCAAAUUCACUUAGCUUCACAAGUAUUGCUUUAUUCAUUGUUUUUUUCAGCAAGGGGGCGUUGGACCCAGUGUUAUUUUGGCACCACAGCUAGCACCCCCUGAUUACUGUUUCUUGGCCUGGUUUGCAUGUCUCUUCUGUUUUUGCCCAACUGGAAUUUGUGCCAUAUUGAAAUCCAAUGAGGUAAGCUGUCACAUGGUCUCUUGAGUCCGGUCCACAUCUGUUAUACCAUGACAAAAAUUGCCUGAUACUAACGAAAGAACUAAACUAAAAUUAAAAUUGAAAUUAAAAAUAAAAUUCAUGAAAUGUCUUUCUUGAUAUUUAUUCAUAUAAAUCAGCUUACUUCAUUUUGUAACACAAGAGUGCAACUAUUUGUUUUCUUUUCAUCUUUGGGCAGACACGUGAUGCCAUUAUUCGAGGAGACUUUGCUACAGCCAAUAUGUUGAGCAUGGAGGCCAGGAAGUUGGCAAACUUGUCAAUUGGCAUAGGAAUAACUCUCUUUGUUGUGGGCAUGAUUGUUCGCUUCGUAGCCUUCACUGCUACCUCGUAAACAUGAGGACAUGACAUCUUUUAUAUCUUAUCCAAAGAGAAGUUAACUUUGGUUGUAUGGAGAAUUUUUUAGACCCUAGGUGCCAAAAAAAAUUAGGUUUGAAAGAAUUUAGAAACAACUAAUUCUAGACCCUUAGGUCAUGAUUAGGUUGUAAAUCAAUAAUCACUUUAAACAUUCAAAUUGUUAGCUUUUUAAAGUGUACUUGGUGGUUUUCACAAAUCUAUUUUGUCAACUUUAGGUUGAUAAUGGAGGUAGUCUACCAGCUUUUUUAUUAUGGUAGAGUAAACAUAUAUUGAUUAUUAUGAUUAAGUUGGUCAGGCAAUGAAAGGAUGUGGUAGCUGGGUGAUACAUUCAUAUCUCAGCCCAAGGCUUCAAGCUGCUACCAAUAUGGUCUUCAGGCUGAGAAAACAAUUUGAUGGCUAAAUUUGCAACAAAAUUGCCAAUUUGGUGACUUAUGUUUGGCAUCCAUGUAACUUAUGGUCUUAAGUUAGAGAUAAACAUUUACACAGAACACUGAGUAAUCCUGUUUUUUUUUUCUUCUUCAUUUCUUCUUUCUGCCUUUGAAAAUUUCUUUUUCUGGUGAAAACAUUAUGAUUUAUGGUCACCAAUUGGUUAAUUUGAAAGUAGUGAAGCAUGGAGCCCUGCACCACCACUGAAGGUUGUCACCAUAAAGUAAUGUAAUUACUUAAAAUACACCAGCUGCUCUGUCUUUUUCAUUAGGGAUGAAGGAUUUAGAUAUUGGUACUUUGAGUAACUCUCUUUGUUGUCAUGAUUUACUGCUGGUAAUAGGGAGGUGGUCUCUCUAAGUGGCAAUGUCAGGCAAGGAUGAUUUUUGAGAAUUUUAAAUGAUUGCCUGAUUUUUAACCAAUGCCUUAAGGUUUGGAGCCAAGAAUUCUGUUAAGUUUAGAAGGGAAAACACUAACAAACAAAGUUACUUUCACUUGCUCCCUGCUAUGUUGAAUAAAAAGUUAUAAGCUAUCAUACAUAAGCUGUCAUACAGUAAUAGUGAACAAGUGAAGAUCAAAGGUCUUGUGUAUGCUGAUUCUCCCAAAGCUAUUUAGUCCUGGUGCUGAACAAUCAACUUAAGCAAUUUUUUUAAAUUUGUUUUUGAAUUGAAAUAACGCAGUUGGAGUAUUAUUAUCAUAUGAAUGUUAUUUAGAGUAUAUUGUCCUUUAGAGGCAACAAUAGUUCACAGAUUCUUUAGCUAUUAAAUAUACUUUCUCCAGAAAAAAGAUAGAGUGUUUGAGUAAAUUUUAAAAAACCAAACUUCUCAAGGCUGUUACUGAGAGAAGUUGACUAUAAUUAGGUAGAAAACCAGGAGUACAUUUACAACACAAUGUACUAUGCAUCACGAUGGAUUGUUACAAAACCAACUUAAACCAAAGUGAUCAUAUCAGCCAAUCAAAACAAAGGGAAAAAUAUAAAGAGUCAAUUGAAACUGGAAGAAAAUUCACAAUUAAAAUCUGCUUGAAGUACGAGAAAAAGCAAUAAACCAUAGAUGGCCCA